AUGGGAGGUAGCAGCACCAACAGCAACCACAAACUCCAAGACUCCGAAAAGAAAUCGUCACCAGCACUAGUGGCUCCUCUAAUGAUAGGCUUCAGAGCCACCCUCACUUGGGUUCUCCUCACCGUUUCUGUUCUCUACGUCCUCUACUACUCCAACCGCCUUCUCUACGACCACCAAGAUUGUCCAACCACCGCCGUAGAUCCCUCCACCGAACGGAACCUGGAAUCCAUCUCCAAUGUCACUACUUCAGCUGAUCUCAAACUCGGGAAGGACCACAAAGAAGGCGACGAAGAAUCCCCACAAGUGGCUGCACUUUAUCAAAAGCCUCAGGGAUACGACACGGAGCUUAAACACAUUAUGUUCGGGAUAGCUGCUUCGUCAAAUUUGUGGCAGAAGAGGAAGGAAUACAUCAAAGUUUGGUGGAGGCCUAACGAGACUAGAGGGGUAGUUUGGUUGGACAAAAGGGUAAGGGCUAGAAGAAGUGAGGGGCUACCCGAGAUUCGGAUUUCAGGAGACACAAGCGGAUUUAAGUACGUGAAUCGUCAGGGGCGGCGAUCUGCAUUGAGGAUUUCAAGGGUGGUUUCGGAGACAUUGAGGCUUGGAGUGAAGGAUGUGAGAUGGUUUGUGAUGGGGGAUGAUGACACGGUUUUCAUCGUGGAAAAUGUGGUGAGGAUUCUCAACAAGUAUGACCACACGCAAUUUUAUUACGUGGGAAGCUCGUCGGAGAGUCAUAUUCAGAACAUAUUUUUCUCGUAUUCUAUGGCGUAUGGUGGAGGAGGUUUUGCUAUAAGUUAUCCCUUGGCAGUGGAAUUGGAAAAGAUGCAGGACCGGUGCAUUCAGCGCUAUCCCGCAUUAUAUGGCAGUGAUGAUCGAAUGCAGGCUUGUAUGGCUGAACUAGGCGUGCCACUUACCAAGGAAACUGGAUUUCAUCAGUACGAUGUGUAUGGAGACCUACUAGGCCUUCUGAGUGCACAUCCUGUGACUCCUAUGGUGUCACUUCACCACCUUGAUGUAGUUGAACCAGUUUUCCCGCACAUGAGUCGAGGGAAAGCGCUUCAUCAUCUAUUCCAAUCCGUCAAGCUCGACUCGGCUAGUAUAAUGCAGCAAUCAAUCUGCUACGAUAAAGAUCGAUACUGGUCCAUCUCUGUUUCAUGGGGCUAUGUAGUUCAAAUCAUUAGGGGAAUCAUGUCUCCGAGAGAACUAGAGACGCCCUCAAGAACCUUUCUGAAUUGGUAUAGAAGAGCUGAUUACACAGCAUAUGCAUUCAACACAAGGCCUGUGCCCAAGCACCCAUGUCAGAAACCCUUCAUUUUUUACUUGAGCUCAACGCAGUAUGAUCAGGGUGGAAAGAAAAUUAUUGGCUACUACACUCGUCACAAAUCUCCCAUUCCUCACUGCCGAUGGAAAAUGGCGUCACCAGAGGUAGUUGAUUCCAUCGUAGUCUUAAAAAGGCCGGAUCCUCUUCGUUGGGAAAAGGUACGAUUUUUCCAGCACAUGAAAUUUGACCCAUAACUCCAACGCAUCGUUUCUUUUACAACACAUAAAAGCAUGUAUCAAGCAAAAUUAUGAAUUAGGGUUACUGGUUUUACCGCACUCACAUUGAUCCUAAUACUAUCCUCAUAUAUUUCGUUCAUAAUUCCAUUUCUAACUGAAAGAAACUUCCUUUUGCAGUC